AUGGCUAUUACUAAAGUUUUUGCUAGAUACGUUUACGACUCCAGAGGUAACCCAACUGUUGAAGUUGACUUACACACUGAAAAAGGUUUAUUCAGAUCAAUUGUUCCAUCUGGUGCUUCCACCGGUAUCCAUGAAGCUUUGGAAUUAAGAGAUGGUGAUAAAUCUAAAUGGUUAGGUAAGGGUGUUACCAAGGCUGUUGCCAAUGUUAACGAAAUCAUCGCCCCAGCUUUAAUUAAGGCUAACCUUGAUGUUGUUGACCAAGCCAAGAUUGAUGAAUUCUUAUUAUCUUUAGAUGGUACUCCAAACAAAUCUAAGUUAGGUGCCAAUGCUAUCUUAGGUGUUUCUUUAGCUGCUGCCAAGGCUGGUGCUGCUGAAAAGAAUGUUCCAUUAUACCACCACUUGGCUCAACUUGCUGGUGCUUCUACUGACAAGUUUGUCUUGCCAGUUCCAUUCCAAAAUGUCUUGAAUGGUGGUUCCCACGCUGGUGGUGCUUUAGCUUUCCAAGAAUUCAUGAUUGUUCCAACUGGUGCCCCAACUUUCUCUGAAGGUUUAAGAAUUGGUUCUGAAGUUUACCACAACUUGAAAUCUCUUACCAAGAAGAGAUAUGGUCAAUCCGCCGGUAAUGUUGGUGAUGAAGGUGGUGUUGCUCCAGAUAUCGGAUCUCCAAAGGAAGCUUUAGACUUGAUUGUUGAUGCCAUUGCUGCUGCUGGUUACACCGGUAAGGUUGGUAUUGCUUUAGAUGUUGCUUCAUCUGAAUUCUUUAAGGAUGGUAAAUAUGACUUGGACUUCAAGAAUCCAAACUCUGACCCAUCUAAAUGGAUUUCUGGUGAAGAAUUAGGUGCUUUAUACCAAGAAUUGAUUAACACCUACCCAAUUGUUUCCAUUGAAGAUCCAUUUGCUGAAGAUGAUUGGGAAGCUUGGGUUAAGUUCUCCGCCUUAGUUGGGGACAAGAUUCAAAUUGUUGCUGAUGAUUUAACUGUCACUAACCCAAUCAGAAUUAAGACUGCCAUUGAAAAGAAGGCUGCUGAUGGUUUAUUAUUAAAGGUUAACCAAAUUGGUUCUUUAUCUGAAUCCAUCCAAGCUGCUAAGGACUCUUAUGCUGCUAACUGGGGUGUUAUGGUUUCCCACAGAUCUGGUGAAACUGAAGAUACCUUCAUUGCUGAUUUAUCUGUUGGUUUAAGAUCUGGUCAAAUCAAGACUGGUGCUCCAGCUAGAUCUGAAAGAUUAGCCAAGUUGAACCAAAUCUUAAGAAUUGAAGAAGAAUUAGGUGAUAAAGCCAUCUAUGCUGGUAAGGACUUCCACAUUGCUCAAACUUUGUAA